AUGCUCGUUAGAAAGUCAAUCUCGUGGCACGACAUUCGCCCGGUUGUUCUUGUUCUCCCUAUGGAAUGCGCGCUGGCCGGUUCGGCCGUGCGACACCCAGCAGCAUCCCCCCCCCCCCCACUCAAUCCUUCCUCCAGCGUCAUUCCGGCGCGCGUCACCGUCUCAGAGGAUUCAGAGCGGAGUCUAUCGCGCUCGCACGGCGAUCCGCAAUCCCGGGUCUUGGGUGCGGCGACGUCGAAGCUCCGGCAGAGCACGGCAUGGCUUCACCGCUAG